AGCACAAUCAUCUACUUGUUCUUCACUCUUUUGUCUACUAUAAAUUAGUUAUUUCCAAUUCAUUUUUAUUCACAUUUUCAUCCAAAAAAUAAGAAAGAAAAAAAAGAACAACUAUGGCAUCAAACCAAGCAAGUAAUAAUACUCAACAAGAAUCUAAGUUCACUCUCUCUAUGAAUCAUGAUAUGGAGCAACAACAAAUAAGCCUAGAUCAUCAACAAGUAGAAGAAAAAGAGUUUGACUACUCAAAACGUUCCCAAUGGCUCCGAGCAGCUGUGCUCGGAGCCAAUGAUGGGUUGGUUUCAACCGCAUCAUUAAUGAUGGGAAUUGGUGCUGUGAAAAAGGACAUAAAAGUCAUGAUCCUUACUGGAUUCGCCGGCCUAGUGGCCGGCGCAUGUUCUAUGGCUAUAGGAGAAUUUGUCUCUGUUUAUUCUCAACUCGAUAUAGAAGUUGCUCAAAUGAAGAGAGAUAAUAAAAGAAGAAAUAAAAUCGAAGGAGAUAACGAGGACGAAAAAAAUGUCUUGCCAAAUCCAGCACAAGCAGCAGCAGCAUCAGCUCUAGCAUUUUCAGUAGGUGCAAUUGUGCCAUUACUGGCUGCAUCUUUUAUAAGAGAUUAUAAAGUGAGAAUUGGAGCUGUUGUUGCUGCUGUCACCAUAGCUUUAAUGGUGUUUGGAUGGUUAGGAGCUGUGUUGGGCAAAGCACCAGCAAUCAAGUCAUCUGCUAGGGUUUUGUUUGGAGGUUGGUUGGCCAUGGCUAUAACUUAUGGCUUGACAAAAUUGAUUGGUUCUAGUGGCCUUUAAAAUCGAAAAAAAAAACUGGAAUUAGCCGCGAACUUAUUCAUAGUUUUUGAUAAUCUAUUGCUAAAUAACUUUAGCGGUGGAUUUUAUCAUUAAGCUACUGAGUUUGUCUGUCGCUAAAUCUUGCUUUAUCUAGUUAUAUAUGCUACUAAAUAUUGAUUGUGGCAUAAUGCCAUACUAGUAUUUUCUUUUUUUGUGUUUAGAUUUUGUUAUUAUAUAUAGCUAGGAUAUAUAUAUAGGUCUCUAUGUAUUCUUAAUAUUUGUAUGUAUGCAUGCAUCAUUAUAUGAUAAUAUAUAUUAAUUUCCACCCUUAAAGAAUCUUUGUUUCGUUCCUU